AUAUCUAACGUGUAAUGGGUUAGGGCCAUGUAUCACCCACAGACUUAAAAGAUAUAUUCCAUGGCAGCCCUUUGGUUGACAUCAUUCUCUCUUCUUAUUUCCAAUUACUUUUGAAUUAAAAUUUCGCAUAACUACGCUAUUAUGGCUAUGAAUGUGAUGAGUAGUAGUCCAUGCCUCUCUUUCUUUGGUCGGAAGAGAAUUCAUAGAGUGACAGCUGUUGCUCCUGAGAGUGCUGCGCCUGCCAAAUUUGAGGAAGAGAAGGUUAAGUUGGGAGGCUCUGAGUUAAGGGUCACAAAGCUCGGAGUUGGAGCUUGGUCAUGGGGUGACACCAGCUACUGGAACGACUUUCAAUGGGACGACAGGAAAUUGAGGGCUGCUAAGUCUGCUUUUGAUGCUAGUGUUGAUUGUGGUAUAACCUUCUUUGAUACUGCUGAAGUGUAUGGCUCUAGGGUCUCAUUUGGUGCUGUAAAUUCAGAAACUCUACUGGGAAGAUUUAUCAAGAAAAGGAAAGAAACAGAUCCUGACUUGGAGGUCGCUGUUGCAACAAAGUUUGCAGCUUUGCCUUGGAGGCUAGGACGCCAGAGUGUCCUAACUGCUCUGAAGGAUUCCCUUUGUCGCCUUGGAGUUUCUUCAGUAGAACUCUAUCAACUGCAUUGGCCUGGAAUCUGGGGAAAUGAAGGAUAUCUUGACGGCCUUGGAGAUGCAGUGGAGCAGGGCCUUGUGAAAGCUGUUGGUGUUUCCAACUACAGUGAGAGCCGACUCCGUAAUGCUUAUGAGCAGCUUAAGAAACGAGGUAUUCCGCUGGCUUCAAACCAAGUGAAUUAUAGCCUCAUAUAUAGAAUACCGGAGGAGAAUGGAGUGAAGGCAGCCUGCGAUGAACUCGGAAUCACUUUAAUUGCAUAUUCUCCUAUUGCUCAAGGCGCUCUUACAGGGAAGUAUACACCAGAAAAUCCACCAACUGGUCCUCGAGGCCGGAUUUACACUCCUGAGUUUCUCAUAAAGCUCCAACCUUUGUUGAACAGAAUCAAAGAAAUAGGAGAGAGCUACAGUAAGACUCCCACGCAGGUGGUCUUGAACUGGUUAAUAGCCCAGGAGAAUGUAGUUCCAAUCCCAGGGGCUAAAACUUCAGAGCAAGCCAUGGAAUUUGCAGGUGCACUUGGGUGGAGACUGUUAAGUGAAGAGAUUAAUGAGCUGCGCUCUAUGGCAUUGGAGAUACAACCUGUUAUCGGCUUCCCUGUUGAGAAGUUGUAAAUCUUGUUCAAGCAGCUGCGGAAAUAAACACAAGUGUGACUACUCUCUCAGGUAACUUGCUCAUCCCCUUAUUCUCAAAAAAAGAAAAAAGGAAAAGAAAAGAAAGCUUGCUCGUCCCCAAACAUAGAUUUCCUUUUUCAGAUUAUGAGUGUUCACUAUCAUGUAAGAACCGAUUCCGCAAUAGGCUUGAAUUUCAGCUGUAUAGCCUAUUUAAUUGCAUUUGAUGGAAAUGGCAGCAAACACAAACUGCUCUUAAGGAUAAAUAAAGAUAUAUAGAUAUAUACAUUGUUUUUCAUUAACAAUAA